UGAGGCCCGUGUCGCGGCGGUGGCAGCUAGGUGCUGUGUCUGUGGGAGGCGCCGCCGCGGCGAUGGCCGUGGACACUCUGUCGCCGGACUGGGAGUUCGACCGCGUGGACGACGGCUCUCAGAAAAUUCAUGCUGAAGUCCAGCUUAAGAACUAUGGGAAAUUCCUUGAGGAGUAUACAUCUCAGUUGAGAAGAAUUGAGGACGCACUGGAUGAUUUGAUUGGAGAUGUUUGGGAUUUCAAUCUUGAUCCUAUAGCAUUAAAGCUUCUGCCCUAUGAGCAGUCCUCCCUCUUGGAGCUCAUAAAGACUGAGAACAAGGUCCUAAACAAAGUCAUCACUGUGUAUGCUGCACUUUGUUGUGAAAUCAAGAAAUUAAAGUAUGAGGCGGAAACUAAGUUUUACAAUGGCCUUUUGUUUUAUGGUGAAGGAGCUACAGAUUCCAGUAUGGUGGAAGGUGACUGCCAAAUUCAAAUGGGGAGAUUCGUUUCAUUCUUACAGGAGCUGUCCUGUUUUGUCACGAGGUGCUAUGAAGUGCUGGUGAAUGUUAUCCACCAGCUGGCUGCCCUCUACAUCAGCAACAAGAUAGGACCCAAAAUUAUAGAGACAACUGGAGUUCAUUUUCAGACUAUGUAUGAGCACUUGGGAGAACUGCUAACAGUUUUACUUACCCUGGAUGAAAUUGUUGACAAUCAUGUCACACUGAAAGACCAUUGGACCAUGUACAAAAGAAGGUUACUGAAGUCUGUCCAUCACAACCCUUCGAAAUUUGGGAUUCAGGAAGAAAAAUUAAAGCCAUUUGAAAAGUUCUUGCUGAAGUUGGAAGGGCAGUUACUUGAUGGAAUGAUAUUUCAGGCCUGUAUUGAACAGCAGUUUGACUCCCUCAAUGGAGGAAUAUCUGUGUCGAAAAACAGCACUUUUGCGGAAGAAUUUGCACAUAGCAUUCGCUCAAUUUUUGCAAACGUGGAAGCCAAACUUGGUAAUGUAAAUUUUGCGUUUGAGUGUUUAUCAAGUUUACAUGUCCUUAAAAGCCCACUUUAUCUAUGGUUGGUUCUGUUUGUCUGGUGUCCCUUUAUAAGGUGAGCCUUCUGAAAUUGACCAGAGAGACAAGUAUGUUGGAGUUUGUGGGCUCUUUGUACUGCAUUUUCAAAUUUUUCGAACUGUUGAUAAAAAGUUUUAUAAGUCUUUAUUGGACAUUUGUAAGAAGGUAAGAACUUGAAACUUUUAAUUUUCAAUUUGUGAUAUAAGUUUGGAUAAAAUUAGAUAUCUUAUAAAAGUGCUAAUAAAAAGUUAUUGAAAAAAGAAUGUUAUCUUUUAUGAAAUAUAAAACUGUGUUAAAAUAAUAGAGCUGGGGAGCUGUCAUCAUGGAUUAGUGAUUGUAGUACACUGUGACGAUUGGAGUGGAGGUUACCAGAACUCAUGGAAGUGAGGCAGAGACCAUAUCUCGCAAGCUAGUGAUAAUACUGACAUGUGUCCUAGAACUCUGGAUGACUAAAGUGGAGAGCAAUGAAGAGAGACCCUCAGUGUCACGUGGGCUUCAAUAUAUACAUGUGCUCACAUGUGUGUACCCACACACAUGAAAAGGCAUGCAUGCACACCACACGUACAUGCAGAAAUAAAACCAUAGAGUUGAGCGUGUACACAUUCUUGAAGUGAGCAAUAUGAUAAAUGAAAAUAACUGCAUUUCAUGAAUGUAUGUGUGGUGAGUGGUGUGUGUGUGUGCGCGCGCGCACAUUAACUUGUUUGCUUUAAUUCUGAGACAAGGUCUUGCUAUGUAGUGCAGGCUGGCCUCAGUCGCAGAAGACUAGUGCUUCAUGUGGAACAGAGUUGCCACCCCCAACCACAGCUUUGUGACAUCUCCAAGGCUCUACUUAUGUCAUAAAACCCCUCAUAGGCAGGUUUCUUCCCUACUAACCCACAGAAAUAUCCAGCAUACAGGUCCUAUAAUGCUGCCCCCUGGAGACCCAAAAUAAAAACCCCACUCAUCUUCCCAAAUACAUGAGUC